UACUUGAACGCAGCACUGUUGUUGCUCCGCGUCAACCCCCUCUGGCCGCCAUUGAGCUCCAUCCUCUCCGCACAGCGCAGGCCCGAAGUAGCGCAGCCGCUCUGAGUGAUAUUCUGAACCUGAGAUAUCAGCCAUGGAAGAGCACUCCGUUCACCACACAGAACACAUGACCACAAUUGAGGCCAACGCUGUGAGCCAGCAGGUCCAUGUAACAACAUUCACUGAUGCAUCCAUGUUAAGUGCUGAUGAAGACUCCACGUCGUCUCCGGAUGAUGAUCCAUAUGACGACACAGAUAUCCUCAACUCUGCUGGCACUGAUGAGGUCACUGCUCAUUUAGCAGCAGCAGGGCCGGUGGGGAUGGCGGCAGCUGCUGCUGUGGCGACUGGUAAGAAAAGGAAGCGGCCUCAUAUAUUUGAAUCCAAUCCUUCAAUUCGGAAGAGGCAACAGACCCGUUUGCUAAGAAAACUGAGGGCCACUUUGGAUGAGUACACAACCCGAGUGGGACAGCAGGCCAUCGUGUUGUGUAUCUCUCCUUCUAAACCCAACCCUGUGUUCAAGGUCUUUGGCGCUGCCCCUUUAGAAAAUGUGGUGAGGAAAUACAAGAGCAUGAUGCUAGAAGACUUGGAGAACGCUCUCGCUGAGCACGCCCCCACUGGAGGAGAACUUGCUUCUGAUCUGCCCCCCCUCACCAUUGACGGCAUCCCAGUCUCUGUGGACAAGAUGACUCAGGCUCAGCUGAGAGCAUUCAUUCCAGAGAUGCUGAAGUACUCGACGGGUCGAGGGAAACCCGGCUGGGGUAAAGAAAGCUGUAAGCCCGUGUGGUGGCCCGAUGACAUUCCGUGGGCGAACGUUCGCAGUGAUGUACGCACAGAGGAGCAGAAACAGAGGGUGUCGUGGACGCAGGCGCUGCGAACGAUCGUCAAGAACUGCUACAAGCAACACGGCCGCGAAGACCUCCUAUAUGCUUUUGAAGACCAACAGAUCCCCACAGCAACCAGCACGCAACACCAUCUCACCACUGCACAGGGAAUCGCUCACCUGGUGCCAUCCCAAACUGUGGUGCAGACCAUUAACAAUCCAGACGGAACCGUCUCACUGAUUCAGGUGGGCACGGGACACACAGUUGCCACGCUGGCGGAUGCUUCAGAGCUGCCUGGAGUCACGGUUACGCAAGUCAACUACUCCACUGUGACUGAUGGAGAGGUGGAACAAAACUGGGCCACCCUCCAGGGCGGUGAGAUGACCAUCCAGACCAGCCAGGCCUCAGAGGCUACGCAGGCAGUAGCCUCACUGGCUGAGGCUGCCGUCGCAGCCACUCAGGAGAUGCAGCCUGGGGCUACAGUCACAAUGGCGCUCAACAGUGAGGCAGCUGCUCACGCUGUAGCAACAUUAGCGGAGGCCACGCUACAAGGUGGCGGGCAGAUCGUUCUGGCUGAAACAGCAGCUGCUGUCGGGGCGCUGGCUGGCGUUCAGGACGCCACAGGUCUGGUCCAGAUCCCAGUCAGCAUGUACCAGACUGUAGUGACCAGCCUGGCCCAGGGCAACAGACCCGUCCAGGUGGCCAUGGCUCCAGUCGCCACUCGCAUCGACAACACUGUCACCCUGGACGGGCAGGCGGUGGAGGUGGUGACGCUGGAGCAGUGACCCCCAGUUACCGAACUCGACGGGAGAACGAGCGGAUCCGACGGGGGUCGGAGGGUUUUAAAGGUACAUCGCCUGGAGAGUUACCAAUGCACUGUUUACUGUGUCAAGAGUUUUUCACCAUGAAUUCCUCCCUUCCGUCUAGCUCCAUGUUUUUAAGCGCUGUGAUGUCAAAUGUUUACUAUUUAUAUCGUUUUGACUCAUGAAACCAAAAAUGACAGAAACAGGAGGCCCAUCUGCCCGCGGUCCAGUCAGUGUGUCUCCCCAUAAUGUGCUCUGUUUUAGGACACAGAAGCCUAGUCAGCCUAUCAUUGAUGAGCUUCAGACUCCCCCAUUAUGUUUUAGCAAAACCUGAAAAUGUUCUGCCCCGUGCUGCUCGCAUGAACCUCAGGAGCCUCAUCCAGAAGUUUUGUAUCGUCCUCAACUUGAACCGACGUUUCCGCCAGUGUUCAGAAGUCCACGUCAUUUUCUGAUGGAACAGUGUUUGUGAUGCUGAUGGUGGAAUGUCCAGACUUGUGUCAAGAACAUCCAAUAAAAUGUUUGUUGUCCAUUCAAUGUCUCUUGGUCUUGAACAGUGUGACCUUUUCUUUUGUGUGGUGGUAGUGGUCAAGCCUCAAUUUCUGAACUCACUAGGUGGCGUUCUUGCUUUGAGAAGUUUGACAAGAAUAGUUGAUUAAAGCUAAAGGUCGUGGCAUGGUGAGUGCCAUCUAGUGGGCUCUAAAUUGACGUCUGUGAUGGGCAGAUGAGGUACCAGUAUCCAAGUCCUCGAGAUGGCUCUCUUGCUUUGGAAAUGACGAGAGGUUUCAUUGAUAAGUUUAAGUCCAUUUUACAGCAGACAGUGCCGUCUGGUGGCCUCUG